AUGGCAAUUCUUUAUAAUAGCAACCUCCAAAGAGCCACUUUCUUCCUGAUGGGCUUCCAAGGUCUAGAAGGUCUCCAUGGCUGGAUCUCUAUUCCCUUCUGCUUCAUCUACCUGACAGUUAUCUUGGGGAACCUCACCAUUCUCCACGUCAUCCGUACUGAUGCUACUCUCCAUGAACCCAUGUACUAUUUCUUGGGCAUGCUAGCUCUCACAGACUUAGGCCUUUGUCUUUCCACACAGCCCACUGUCCUGGGCAUUUUCUGGUUUGAUGCCAGAGAGAUUGGCAUCCCUGCCUGUUUCACUCAGCUCUUCUUCAUUCACACCUUGUCUCUAGUGGAGUCAUCAGUUCUGUUAUCCAUGUCCAUUGACCGCUACGUGGCCAUCUGCAACCCACUGCGUUACUCCACCGUCCUGAUACCUGUACAUAUUGUCAAGAUGGGGCUAAGGUCAGUGCUUAGAAGUGCCCUCCUCAUCCUCCCCUUGCCAUUCCCCCUGAAGCGCUUCCAGUACUGCUGCUCCCAUGUGCUGGCUCAUGCUUAUUGUCUUCACCUGGAGAUCAUGAAGCUGGCCUGCUCUGGCAUCACUGUCAAUCACAUCUACGGGCUCUUUGUUGUGGCCUGCAUUGUGGGUAUGGACUCCCUGCUCAUGUUUCUCUCAUACGCUGCCAUCCUUCGCACCGUGCUCAGCUUCACAUCCUGCCAGGAGCGACUUUGA